GCAAUCGUUGUUGGGCCGGAGUUGGAGCUACAUAUGGGAUCCAAAAGAAUUGAACAGGAACAGUAAAGACAAUGCCGCUCCGUGAACCCACAUACCUAAACCCAAAUCACCGCCAGUCUCCAAGAAAUUGUUCCCGGCGGAAAUCAGCAUCGGGUCUCGGAGACUCUUUUUCGUUCCUGCAGUUCACAGAUACAUCAUACAUAAUCUCAUUGAAGUGUGUGUAUUGUUUUAUGAAAUAGCUUUAUGGAGGUGAAAACAGGAGUAGAACCAGAAGCAACGGUGGUCACCCUUUUGAUACGACACCUUCCUGAGGCUAUUCCCCAUGAAACCCUCUCCCGACUCUUCUCCCACUAUAACGCUAGCUCUUUCCGUCCUUGCCCCGCCGGAAGACUGAGAAACUGUGCAUUUGUGGAUUUCAAGAAUGAAGCAUUGGCUCAUCAAGCUCAGCGACAGUUGAAUGGGUUGAGGUUUCUUGGCAAGGUCUUAGCAGUGGAGAGAGCUAAUAAGCCAAAUGAGGAUAAUAAACAUAAGCAAAGUGAAGCUCAAUUGGGGAAGGAUUAUGCAGCACCAACUUCUGUGGAAAAGAAGGCUUCUAUAAUAAGAGAUAUCGGCAAUGAUUCUAAGUCAAUUCCAGCUAGUGAGGCUAUUGCUCCAAGGCUUGGUGUAGAUUAUCCAUUUCCUCCUCACCUGGAGUAUGCUUAUCCUCCUCCAGAUGGAAAUAUCCUGACCAACAUUGUAAAUGCUCUUAUUGCUGUUCCUCGCUUUUAUACACAGGUGUUGCAUUUGAUGAACAAAAUGAACAUUCCAGCUCCAUUUCGGAUGGCGCUCCCCACUCCACCAUUACCACCUUCAGUGGCCCCACCUGAACCCCCACCUCCCCCCAUUGCAACUGCAAAACCUCAUUUAGCAGAUUCCAGUAGUGAGUCAGAAAUGGAGUCCUCAGAUGAGGAGGUUGAUGACAAAGCCUCUCAUGUUGAAACUUCAGGAGCAGUUAAAUCUAGACGAAAGCGUGCUAGACGAGAAUCAAUUGUAGGCCCUGCAGUGGAUAAAGAUGUAGCUCAUGAGGCUGUUGGACUGAAACCUUCCUCCCUGGUCCCAAAAGAAAUUCCUGUUAUAAAAAAGAAGAACCCUGUGUUACAGAUCAAAAUUGCCCCCAAAGUAACUCCGAACGAGCAAAAGGAUGACGGCAUUAUGAAAGAAUUUGAAGAGCCGCUCGAUGAAGGUUUAGAUCAUAAACCUUAUGCAACUCCAGAAGAAAUAGAGAGUAACAAGCUGGCUCCAGAGGAAAUUCUCUCACUUCCAAAGUUUAAGAAUUAUACAGUUGGGAAUCCCACAUCUGUGUUGUACAUAAAGAACUUGAGCAAGGAUAUGGUUCCUGAUGAUUUCUUCUUCAUAUUUGGAUCAUUGUUUGGAGGCAUUGAUGCAGCUAAAACUGGCCUUAGUGUGAAGUUAAUGCAGGAGGGAAGAAUGAGGGGCCAAGCUUUUGUGACAUUUCCAUCAGUUGAACUGGCCCACCAAGCUUUGAAUCUAGUGAAUGGAUACGUGUUCAAAGGUAAGCCAAUGAUCAUACAGUUUGGUCGGAAUCCUUCAGCUGGCAAGGCGAAUUAGAUACUCAACCAUCAGCAACAUGGGAACGUGAAGGGGCUUGUAACCUGCUCUCAAGUAAAAUGCACACAACGUUAAUCGGCUGGGGAAGACAUGAGCAUUACUCGUGUUCGCCUGACGAGGCAUGCUGCCCGAGAGCGUAACGCAUAACAUUUCAUUGGCAAACCCAUCGCCAUUGAAUGAUAGAAAGUUAUAAUGUUAUGUUCCAGAAAAGGAUCGUCCAAUGCUCAGUUCAAUACUCUCAUUUACCUUUUUCUUUCUCUAACCUUUUCUUUUUAAAAAUUUUUCCUCUGAUACACAAAUACAUUAGAUGCGAAAUCUAUUUCGAUUAUUGAGAGAUUGUAUUAUGGAUGUUCUUGUACAUUUUGGCAAGAUUUUGGUUGAAGUUCUCAGCUUGUAAUUUAAAAACAGAGAUGUGUUAAUGCAAUUUCAAUAAUCAAAACUAACAGCACCCCAGAAGUUCUCUUGA